GUAGCACCGCGUAUUAACAACUAAUAUACUCAUGCCGCCUGUAGUUAAUUUAACCAAGUUUAGUUUAGUAUUACUUAUUUUAAGUAUAUUCACUAAUUCUGUCAAAAGUCAAACUCAAUCUUGGACAUGCGACUCAAGUCCAAUAUUUAAAUUUAAUCCCGAACUAAUUUCUGGUGUAUGGUAUGAGGCAGCAAGAAUACCAAAAGCUGAUGUACCAGCUUGUCUUAAGGUGAUUGCUCCUCCUGCCAGUGAAGUUAGUGAUAAUUACACGCUAACAUUGGAUUUUAGAAAUAAUGUAAAUAAUAAAUGGAAUCAUGAAAUAGAUACAGUUGUAUUUCCUUGGAAUGAUUACACCAAAAAUGGUACCUUCGAUCUUGUCUACGGUACUGGAUCGCUAAGUGUGACAAUUACAUUUAAGCUCAUAGGCACGGAUUAUAAAAAUAUUGCUUUGGUUUGUGGUUAUACAAAAUUUUUGUCAUCAGCAGCGUUAAUAAAAGUAAUGACCAGGCAGCAAACAAUCAGUCCCUCAAUUAUGAAUACAGUGCAGAAAUAUGCUGACCAAUAUGGUAUUGGGUCUCAAAUUACAUGGGUUGAACAAUCAGAAAAAUGCAAUAACUCCAAUAUAUUGCGACCGGGUUUACUACUGUUACUUGUACUGGUUUAUGGAAUAAUAAAAACUGUCACUAAAUUAUAAAAAGAAUAUUUUAACAAAUUAUUUGAAAUAUCUAAUGGACACAAAAAUUUUAUAAUUAUACGUUCAUAAAAAUUAUUUACGUUUUUAAUGAAUCUUUGGUUUGGUAUGGAAGUGCUUAAGAACUGAAUUUGAUAAAGAAAUUGAAUUUCAUAAAUAACGUGUAUCCUGAAACUUGAUAAGAUACUCGCGUACAAUAAUUGUUUAGUCAUUAUUGAUAGAAUUGUAAAAAUAGUAUUGUGAUUAAACGCUUUGGUUAUACUUAAUUUUUAUCUUUUUUAAAGUAGAACCCAAUACAAAAGUUGUAAACUGUAAAUUCUGCAAAUUAAUUUUAUUAAUUAGGCAGUUAUAAGUAUAUAGUUAAUAUAGUAA